AUGCCCCCCGGCAAGCGUCGUAGGGCGCCCACGAACCCCAUCGAGGCAGCCAACCGCAAGACGGACGAGGAGUUUAUAAGGGACCAUUUACAGCAGAGCGAAGACUGGGCAUCAUGGACGCAUCCAAGCACCAGCAAGCAGUACACCCUGUCACUGAAAUCCCCGGCCAGGCUCUCCACGGAUGAGAUGCAGGCGUGCUUCGACCUCAUCGAGUACACGAGUGGCGCAGACUACCGCGCCUCUUCGAGCGGGUGGAAGCCGGCGCACAAGAUCAAGGAGAUGAGGAGCCCGGAACUGCGGUACAUUCUCGUCAAAGAGACUCCUGCUCCUGCGCAAGAUGACGAGAGCAGCGAGGGAAGGAUAUGCGGAUUCACAAGUCUCAUGCCCACAUUUGAAGAGGGCGAGCCGGUAGUUUACUGUUAUGAGAUUCAUCUAAUGGAGGAGCUGAGAGGCACGGGCAUGGGGCGCAAAUUGAUGGACUACCUUGUCACGGUGGCGGAGAGCAUCCCCAUUAUCGAGAAGGUGAUGUUGACGUGCUUCGUCGCCAACGCCACGGCCCGGGGGUUCUACGAAAAGCUCGGUUUCGAGAGGGACGCCCUAUCGCCCGUCGAGCGGAAGCUGAGGUUCGGCAAGGUGUUUGUGCCGGAUUAUGUCAUCAUGAGUCGAAGAAUUCGGGAUAAGGAUGCGGGGGAAGACGAGGCAGACGGCGUGAAGAGAAAAAAGGGUGCUGAAUGA